GCUCCCUCACACACUCCAUGUAGUUGACAUUUAUCUUGAACAAUGAUUUAUCUCUCUGGAUUACUUUUGCUCUUGCUGGAUCCGUCUAUGAUCUGUGGUCAAACGACGCAAGAUAACAGAACAGCAUUUGAAGAUGAGAGUAUCAGAGUCAAAAAUGAAAGUGUUCAGCAAGAACUGAACAAAUUUUUUAACAAAGAGAGACCCAACGUCACAUAUGAGGACAAUGAGGAUUUUCAGACUCAAGAUUUUCAAAUACGCUUCGGUCACUGUCAUGAGGAGAUGUUGAAGGAUUAUGGUAGAAAUUGCUCGCAGAUUUUCAGUGAAAUCAUGAGUGAACUUGGAGAGGAGAACUGGUGUAAUAUGGAGAUGGUGAUAAGAUACUACAGCAGUUUAACUAUGUGUAUGGAGGUAAUAUCCCAUAUGUCAGGUUGCUUUUACCCUAAUCGUGUGGUGGAGCAGCUGUUCGUGAGGAUACACCAGCAGUACUUCAGCCUUUGCAGCAAUGAAGAGGAUUUUCUCGACGCCCCGGCUGGAGUCGUCCUUGUAGCCACACUGCUGCCUAUCCUCCUCAUCCCCUUCAUAGUGUACACUGUGGUCUGGAAGAGUAGUUUAAGGGACUGAAUGCUUUUACAUGAUCCCAGAAAGUGAUAAAAACUCUUUACUCACCCUCAUGUCAUUCCAAACCUGUGUGACUUUCAUUCUUCUAAAGAAGAUAUUUUGAAGUUGUUGUUUGGAUGUCUUCAAAAUAUCUUCUCAUUUUGCAGAGCAAUGAAAAGGAUUGGAAUGAAUUGAGGGUAAGUAAAUGAAGACUCAGUUUUUAAAGUAAACUUUGAAUGUAUACAGUUCAUGUGGUUCACAAUGAUGUAAUUAUUGUAAAUAAAAUACACGCAGUGGGUGUGUGAUUUUUC